CCGGAAAUGUGACCAAGCGCAUGUUCAACAAGCAAAGAUGGCAGCUGAGGAGAAUCCUUGGUUCAUAAAUUACGAAAUUGAUUGAUGCAUUAUCUCUAAAUCUUUAUUCUUUUUAAAAGAGCCAUGGCUCAGUGUAAACAGACAGCCCAAGAGUUUAUCCAGAACACAUUCAGCCCAGCUGUAGCUGUCCUGUGCAGUCCAGAUGCCGAGGUUUUGUGUCAAAAGAACAACCUGACAUUCGUGGAGUUAGUCCAACCAUUCUGUCGUUUGACAACAGAAGUUCAUAUUCGAGAUCCAAACAAUGUUCCUCACACAAUCAAAAAUCUGAAGAUUACAAUGCGGGACAUGAACAUGCAGCUUCCUCAAGCAGUGAUGGCUCGGAAGAUGUUGAAUGAUGUGGUGGCCAGUACCCAGCCGCAACUGGGGGAGGGAAGCAGGGGGAAUGUGGUUACCUUUGGGAGUUAUGAUUUACAGCUGUCAGCAUCAACACCAUGGUUUGAAGCAUACAGAGACAUGUUCUUAAAAGUUUUGCCACCAAGUGAUCAUGAAUUUCUUAGCCAUUGUUUGUGUUGUAUAUUUGUGGUAUCCUCAGGUCACUCAGACCCAAUAAAUGCCUUUAACACUCUGUCCUCCAACCAAUAUCAGCAACAGACACAGUACCCCACGAAGAUGCCAAGGUGGUUCUGCCCAGGGAUCCUCAAGUACUAUGUGUUGCUUCAUGACGUCGUAGAGGGGGAAGACGCUAAGGCAGAUGCCGUCUACCAGAGUAUGAAGUCCUCGUUUGGUGGCCAGAACUGUCACCUCUUACACAUCAAUUCCCGGAGUCUCCACACGGCAGAAACAAUGCAUACAGAUCUGCCUGACCCCUGGAGCCAGUUCCUAAACAAGAACAAUUCAGAGGCCAAUAGUAAAAAGCGAAACAAAGCUAGAUAUUUCAUAGCGUGGGAGGGGGCAGAAUAUGAUAGUGCCAGUAACAGUGUUGUUGACGAUGCCUUCCCAUCCAAACUUUCUGAGGGUACCACUGACAGUCCACUCUCGGGACCCAUCAUGUCCAACAGCAGUCUGGUGGACAUGUCCCCAGACUCUGGGGAGGGAACAGCAUCAUCAGGUUCAUUAACCAGUGAAACCUUUGACCAUCCCCUCUCUGAACCUUCCCAAGACCUGAACCAUGUGGAUAGUCCACUCUCUCCAGAUAAAACUUAUGAACCAGAACUGAAUCACACUUCCUUUAAGGGAAAGCUAGGAGACAGAAAACAGGGCGGACAUGGUAUAUGUUUGACCACCAGUGACCAGGAUAGAAUCAAGAUUUUUAUGCAUGAGUUGUGUGUUAGAGCUCUCAUACCAUGGGCUGAAAGACAGAUGAAGAUACUCAAUGAACAGCAUGCAUCAAGGAAAGGUAUUAGCAAGUCUUUGUUUAGUGCUACAAAGCGAUGGUUUGGUGGAAACAAACCUACAGGCCAGGUCGCAGCCAACCAGAACACCACUGUUGUAUACUCCAGUGAUGCCCCAGAAUUACAGAUGAGACGUCUAGGUGACAUAGCCUUCUUGUUCCAGAUGUACGAUUUUGCUUAUAAUACUUACCAUGCAGCCAAGCGUGACUUCAAUAAUGACCAUGCUUGGCUUCAUUAUGCAGGGGCUUUGGAAAUGGCCUGUAUAUCAUUGUUUAUGAGUGGAAAUCCCCGAGAACAGAAAUAUCCAUUUCAUUAUAUGGAGUCUGCCAUUACCACAUAUCUACAGUCUUGCAAAAAUCCAUUAUAUGCAACAAGAGCAACACUAGUUAGUACUGAGGCUCUCAAAAGUAGAAAAAUGUAUAAUGAGGCUGCUCUGCAAUUCAUAAAGCUUACUAGUGAGGACUCAGACUUAAGGAGUGCUCUUUUACUGGAACAAGCUGCCCACUGUUACAUUAACAUGGAGAUUCCCAAAGUCAGAAAGUACGCAUUCCACAUGAUUCUGUCUGGUCACCGCUACAGCAAGUCCGGGCAGAGAAAGCAUGCUCUGCGGUCCUACUCCCAGGCCCUGCAAGUGUAUAAAGGGAAAAACUGGUCAUUGGCUGAGGAUCAUAUAAACUUCACCUUAGGUCGACAGUCCCUUAACUUAAAACAAUUAGAUAAUGCCACUGCUGCUUUCAAGCAUUUAUUGACAGAGAACAGCAAACAAAUUCCUAGUCAACAGAAUGCUUUUCUUCGAGAAUACCUCUUUGUUUAUAAGCAACUUUUAAGUCUAGAGAUGUCUAGUUAUGGCGGUGUUCACUCCAAUACAUUACCAGAGCUGCCAAUACCUAUGCUAGACAAUAAUGCUACUAAAGUCAUUGUAGGCCACAAACCUCAACAUAACCAAGAUAAACCAGGACAUAUAGGAUAUGAUUAUACUGAGAGUAAUCACCCACGGUGGCAAGCUCUGGAGGAAGCCCUAGUAUCAUUUGCUAACAAUGGAAUUCUUCCCGUGACCCAUAGACCAACCAUCCAGUGUUUCACCAACAAAACUGACAACAGGUUCAAUCCAGUGGCAUAUGUGGGAGAACCUGUCACAGUGGAGCUGUACUUGGUGAACCCUUUAAAGGUUGUGCUGGUGCUGACGGAGGUCACGCUUCUCUGGAGUUUCCUCCCCUCCAUUCCUGGCCAGGACAAACCUCAGCUCAUCACCAAUGAAGUCUUUUCUUCUGUGAAGAAUACCCUUGCCAAUGAAAUCAUCCACACACAAGUUAUAGAUGAGAUAGUUUUACCAGGAAGUGAGAGAUCUCCUGUGCAGUUUACCUUGACCCCACAUCAGACGGGAGAAUUGAGGAUUGUGGGUAUUUGUUACAAUCUCUCGAGUUCCCUAACAGAUGACAGGAACAUCAAACCCUCCCCAGCCAACACUGUGUACGUCAGGGGGAAACAGAGGCUGGAUGUCCAGGGGCCAAGGCUAAACAACACAAAAGAGGAAAAAUCCAGCAAGGUUUAUGGACCUGAUCGUCGACUGGAUCUUGUCAUACAGCCAGAAAUGCCUCAGUUGCAGGUUUCUUUCUGCAAUUUCCCAAAGAGUUUACUCUGUGGAGAGGUACAUGCUGUAAUGCUACAGUUUACAAACAUAGGAACAAGUCCAUUACAUAAACUAAAACUAGCCUCCUCUACCCCCGAGUUCAUAACAUUGGGGGAUCACGGAGAGUUACCCAAGUUUCCUUGUGUUUAUCAAACUAAGAAUGAAGUGCCAAGUGAAGAGACAAAGUGUUAUUGUAAUACAAAGGACAAAGUGUGCAAUGUGAUGGACAUUCCACUGCCUAACCGGACACUUCAGCCCAAGAGCACCGUGUCGGUGCCCGCUUGGGUCAGGGGGAAUGAUAUUGGGGGAGUGCACGAUGUGCAUUUUAUGUUUUAUUAUGAACCUGUGACCAAAUCUCCAAGAGCCAGGCACAGAUUGCAGAGGCACACAGCUGUUAUAAACACCCUAGAGUCUUUAAGUGUUCGAUCAGUGGCUCACAGAGCAAACAGUGUUCACCAGUCCUCAUCUUCCCAGGCUAGCUGUAUCCUCUCCUGUGAAAUGGAAAAUAUUAGCCAGGUACAGGCCAAUAGGGCUUACGUUAAAGAGAUCCAAGUGAAUCAGGUCUCCUGUGCCAGUGACCUCUGGUCAAUACAGUACCUCAGCUCUCAGGACAAACCAGAAAUUAUAAUUGGAUGCAGGGAGACCAUGCAUUUAUGUCUGAAAGCAACAAAAAGUGCAAAUAACUUAGAUUCCAUGUUAGGUAAAGAAUCUGUGAUAUUUAGUGAUGUUUCCUUCUCUGAUCAGCAAAUAAGUAGUGCUACAACACCAUGUGCAGAUUUUUUUCUGAGGUCAAGGUCACAAAGUGACUCAGAAAGUUCUGCCCCGACUGAGACAGUGUCCAAAUCACGAGAAAAAGAUUUCCGUGACUUGAACUGUGCCAUCCAGCUAGGAAUGACAUUGAUCAUCCUCUGGAAGGCCUGUGUGAUAUCAGAGGAUGGUGAACUACAAAUUAAAGUUGGACAACACCAUGUGAUUAUUAAGAAGAUUGACACCAUCUUUACUUCUUAUCCUUUCUUUAUUAUUCCCACUGAGAAACCUCCAAUUCGCUUUACGAGAAGUCGAGAUGAGCAGGAAAACAUAAGACCAGAGUCCGAGGUCACCACACAACUGGUGGAUAUAAACUUUAAUCACCAGGCUCAAGUACCACACAACUUCCAAAACAACAGAAUAGCCAUUGUACCUGUUACCCUGCUGUUGAGGAAUUGUACGAAAGCUUCAGUAGAGAUUUUAGUGGACACCAGUAAAUCACCUGAUAGGCUCAAUAACAGACCAGAAGAAAAAUAUGUUGUUCCCGAGGUUCAACAUCUAACAAGUUUUAGUUGGGUGUCGCAGACUUUGACAAAAUUAAGCUUGGAUCCCAGUCAGCAACGAACUGUUCACAUGACUGCAUGUUUUAGUAAGCCAGGUAUCUACAAUGUCAACAGACUGGCAGUGUUUGUAACGCACAACAAGGACACUCCAGAAAUGGUCCUUCAGAGGCAUGCAGCCCCCAGUGUCAUCGUCAUUCAGGAUGUUUCUUCAGAAUGAGGGAACAUUGCACCCUUUCACCCUCCCGUUCAACAAGUGUUUUUUUUCAUUUAAGAUGUUUAUAUGGAAUGUGUAUUCUUCAACAUUCACAAUACAGAAGAUCAAAUAAUCCAGAACACUAGUCAAACUAAAUUCAAGGCUAUUGAUGGCUGAAGGAGUUUGGUCAAUUAGUGUCGGUAUGUUGUUUAUCGCAAUCGUGAAAAUAAAGGGGAACCAGUUUAACACAUGUUGGGAACCAGGAUGGUCAUGUGACCAGUAAUGUAUGAUGUGUUUUCUGAUGUGUAUUCUAGUCUCUUUUGUUAAGUUUUCACUAAACUUUGAAACAUUUAACACUGACUUACAGUGUUUUAUUUCCAUAAAAUUGCUACUUCUUGCUGUACAUGCAGCCAAAAGACUCAUGCUUGCUCAUUUAAUACUUUUCAUAGCUACAUGUAUUAAAUUUUUGUUUGCCAUUAUCAAAAAUAUUUAUGCAAGACAAAGUAGUUGUAUGUUAGCAUUGGUACAGUAUGGGUUGUACUAAAAUGUUGUUUUUUGUUGAUUUUGAUUGCUAUGUGGUGGAUGUACUCGGUCAUAAUGUAAAAUGAAUGGAUACCCUCUUGCAUUCCAGAUCAUUAGCAUGAACAUGUGUAAAUCAGUAUGCAUGGAAGUUGUUUCGGUGAAAUAGACAUUCCAAAUUAAGUGCUAGGAACAAAAUAAAUUGAUAAUAUUGAAAAUCUAAACACUGCACUAAAAUCGGUCAUUUUUUAUCCCUCAGAUAACUUAACCAUGUACUUUGAAAACUUUUGAAAUAUUUUGAAGAUUCCAGAAUUGUCAGAAGCAAAGACUGUUAAUUGACAGGUACAUAUUUUUUUCUUUUAUAAUUAAAUCUAAGUAUUAGUUAUACAAUACAUGCAAAUAAUUACUACAAGUUUUUGGUGUUGUUUGAGCCACAGUCACGAUUGUAAUGGAUUUUCCUUACAGUGGAAUGCAUAUACUAGCUUAGAUCUAAUCAAGGUGUUAAAAAUCUUUGUAAUAUCUCUAGUUUCAUAACUAUUCUAAUUUUAUGGAAAUUCAGAUGUGUACAAGUGAUUCUUAAAGGUUUGGUAAAAAUGGCUUACUAUACGUUACAAUACAAAGUACUUACUAGAAAUUCUAACAAAUUUCAAGUUUUACUUAGAAGUCAUUGCACCAUAUCUUUCACAUCAGCAAAACAGUUUUGCUCUGUGAUCAAAUAUCCAGAGUAUCUUUUUUUGCUUAUUAUUUGUUUGCAAAGAUUGAUGAUUAAUUAAUCUUGCCUUUAUUUUGAGGUAGUCCACAUAGAUAUAGGCAGUAUAAUACAAGGGAGUCGCUAUUAUGUGUGAAUUACUACAUGUAUAUAGUAACUUGGAUGAGAUUUAACUGUUAGUGAGAGGUAAUAGUGUUCACUGCUGCUGUGAAUUUUGUUUAUUUAUUAAAAAUCCAAUGGAUUGUGACCAUUAUUGCCAUGUUAAUUAUUAAUGUCUGUGAUUACAAUCAUUUCCGAUAUUAAAUGGACAUAACUUUGCUUUUA